AUGACGACAACCACAGACUUUCGGCCAUCGAAUAUACAAAUAAUACCCGAUUUCAAAAUCAUCAACCACACUAGUACGACGAAUUUUACAUGUUUUAAUCAUCGACCAAGUGAUUCACCAUUGGAAGUGAAUUUAUCAAAAGUAAUACCAACUAAUGAAAUACAAUUGUUCACGAGUAUCUUGAACCAAUCAGCCAUUCAUAUUCGACUCGAAUCGAGAAACUACGUCGGCGUCUUUCAUUUGUUGUGUUAUGCGAAAGGCGAACAGAGUAAAGGCAUUCGUGCCGAUAUUAUUGUUACAGCUCCACCAGGUGUGCUUCAGCUCGCCGAAAAAUGCCGCGUCUACGAUAGACAAUAUAUCAAAUGUGUAAUUCGAGCAUCAACGAUUGCACGCGCUGUUCAAAAUGAUUAUCCCGUUAAAUUCGAAUUUACCGAAAUGGCGCAUUCACCAGAUCGUUUAGCCUAUCGACCGCGAUUCGAAUUUUUAAAAAACGAAUCUACAAAGGAUAAUCUGACAUUCAAAUGGCAACCAACUAUUGACGGUGAAUUUCCAAACGGAGUCCGGAUGCACAUGAAAGCAUUUCUACCACACAUCGAAGAUUCGUCCUAUUACUUCGACAUGACGCCAAUCUUCCAAAUAACACCGAGAUUCAGCUUACAGACUGUAUCAUCGAACACGAUUAGAAUGAAUGUUGAGCCGAUAAAUCCCCCAGUAUUUUGUGAAAAGAGCGUGAUGCAAAAUUUAGUUUCCAGUGUAAAUCGGACAUGGACAGUACAUGAACCGAAUAAGAGUCCAUAUAAUAUUGUUAAUCUUCGUCCCAAAACAAUAUAUCGUAUAUGUAUGAAAUGUCGACAGACACAAUCCGAUCCUGAAGGUAUUGAACAAUGUCAAACUAUUUCCACGAACAGUCUAUUUCAUUGGCUUCCUGGUUACGAAAUAGUUUCCAUCUUUUUCAUCUGUGUUCUCGUAAUACUCGUAAUAACAAUUGUUCUUAUCAUUUUUUUUAGAAAACGACGACCUCAUUAUUCUCGGAUAAAACACAUCUUUACAUGCAGACACUCAUCGCAUUGCAGUAGUUCGGUAUCCAUUCGAUCAUCAGACCCCAGUGUUGUUCCGAGCACUUCAACUAGUUCUCGAUAUCGGUCUAUUGCAGAUAUCCAAAGUGUGAUACACCAAUGUACUUUACCGGAAUUGUCGCCUCUGACAAGCGAUUAG